GGCGGGGCCGCGCACGCGCUUGGGGCACCAGGCGGCGGCGUCGCUUACGUCAAAACAGAUUCCGACACCGCCGGGGGCUGCGGGGAGUGAGGGGCGUCUUAGGCCCGGAGUGGAUUACCCUGUGUCCAACAGAUUCCACUUUUCAAAUCAUGGAGGCAGAACAGAUUAUGGAGGGACAGCCGCAGGUUCCAGAAAACCCCCAUUCAGAAUAUGGUCUCAAUGAAAAUGUAGAGGAUACUGAAGUAAAUAAUGAACCUGUUAAUGAGAGAAUAGUAGAAAACGAGAAAAUUAAUGCAGAGAAAACAUCAAAGCAGAAGGUGGAUCUUCAGUCGUUACCCACACGUGCCUACUUGGAUCAGACAGUUGUACCUAUCUUGCUACAGGGACUUGCUGUUCUUGCAAAAGAGAGGCUGGUUCAAGAGAAUGAAAAGCCGAGUUCAUGAGGUGAUGAUUUUAGAAGAUUUACUACAGCAGCUUUUAUGGGAAGCUUCCUCCAAGAAAAUACGUUGAAAUGCUACCAAGAGCAGUGAACUCACCAGCUCUAAGAAAUGCAUUUUAGUGAUUUUAAUGAUUCUUGCAACGGCAUGAGAAAUCGACAAAAAAAAGUGCAACCAUAUCCCUUUACUAUUUAAAUUUGUUUCACCAAUUAGGAUUUGAUGCACAGAGAAUGCUCUGUAACAGAAAGAAGAUAGCAAUCUGAAUAAUAUGAUCGCAUUUGAAUAAUCCAUUUCGCAGAGUUAGGGAAGUAAUGAUAUAAAGUCCAAAUUUUCAAGGCAUUUACUUGUUUUAAACUCUUCCCCCCUACAAAACUGAAAAUUCUGUGAAAGAGACUUGACAGAUGCUUGCUACCCCAAUUUAAUUCAGAAAGAAAGAGUACUAUUUUCCCACAGGAAAUACCAGUUCUGAGGGCUUCAAGAUAAAUGUAUUUAAUUUUGAAAUACAAAUUAAAAACCAAGUGAUUUUACAUUUAUAAAAAUGAGGAACUCAUCAAUAAAAUGGAGAUGUAAUGGGCUAUAAGUUAUUAGUAGAGAAUAAAAGCUUGAAGAAAUAAAUUAAGAUGGCAACCUUAGAUGUAUGACAGACCACUGCUAAGUAGCUGAAAACCAUUACCUCUCGAUUCUUAAACAAUUAUUUUCACUUUUCUCCAUGCUACCCUAGGUAACCAAGUCAGUAUAUGCUCUGAAGGGCAGUAAAAUUAAGCAGAAAAUAAAACAGAGUACCUGGUUAACACUACAGCACACCUUCCAGGAUAAGUAUUUUAGAUCCAAAAUCCAGAAGUUACUAUUCAGUGAUUGUGAAAGAAUUAUAUAUGACUCAUAUGCAGUAUUUUGAAGUCUGCAUGUUUAAAAGCUUCAACCAAGAACAUUUAUCUUUUACCUUGAAGAAGACCGUGACAGAAGAAAGGAUUUCCCACUAAGAGCAAUUCUGAUCAAAGGGUUCUACACCCUCAUAUUCUGAAGCCUGUUACCACCUAAAAAUACAGUCUGACUUGCCAAAUUUUUUUAAAUUUUAUUUUUAAUCUCCAAUUUAUCAAGGACAUUCUCCAAAGUCAGUACAGGUCUCUGAGCUAUCCAUUUUACUCUGAAGUGCUGUCACUAUUGUAAAUGCAGUCUGAUGAAAAGAACAUCUCUCUCCCCUAUUUCUAGAAAUAAAACAGCUGCUUUCAAACAAAUGAAAAAUCUGAAAAAUUCUGCAAGAUGGAAGCAGUUGAAACCAGUAGCUUGGAAGGGAAACACAUGAAAUGAAUCCCUAUGCCCACCAAGCCUGAUAGAAUACAGGUUUUGAUUUAUUCUUAUCAUUGUACUAAUUACAUAACAGCUUAUUCUUAGCCAAGCCUUAGCUUGUGUCCUCUAUUCUAUUUUGUAUUUAGAAUUAAUUUUAAGAGUGACUACAUAGCCUAGAUCACAGAAGAACAGAAUGUCAGCUGUUACAGAAAGAGGCAUUUUACCCCAAUGAAGAAAGUAUCAGCACUGCUUCUGCUAAUGUUCAUUAUUCUAAUAGUUUUAAGCAAGGACUUAAAUGCUGUGUGAGUAAUUACAGGGCAGUUUACAGAAGUGCUAGUGCAACACUGACUAGGAAUGUGUCGUAUUCUUCUUCGCAAUGUGCUUGUAUCUCUCUUCUCAAAGUUAGCAAUUGUGCAAAUAAACCAGUUUUGUAAGAGAAGCCUAAACUGAUAAAAGGCUGAUGGAUUGUUGAAAAGUAUUUUGAAAAGUAUUUUGUGGAGAGCAUAUGGCCCUCCUUUUCCUCUGGUGUACAUUGAGGUAUUUACCAGAUGGAUCAUUUCCCACCAAUACUAUUUCAGAUGCUAUUAUACAGGAAAUGGAGAUAUUUCCCUUGUAAGGAGCACGAAGUCUGGAGUGGCCUACUUUAGACAGUAGAAGGAAGGACUCCUAGGAAUGGGAGGUUCCUCAGACAGAGAAUGACAGUUUCCGAAGAGGAAAACCUGGAGUAACACUGGCAGUGAACAGCUUCCUGAGAAGGGAGGAGACAGGAAGCAGACAAUGUGAAAAGCAUGAUAGGAAAGAAGGCAAACUAAACCAUGUCCAAAAGGACAAUGAGAGCGAAAACCAAGAAAGCAACAGACCUUGAACACACGCCACCCGAGCUGGGCACAGGAUAUGCAAGAAAAACUGCAUGCUAUGGGCACACUAACUGCCAACUCACUGCUGCCACAAUCUGCCUCCAUGCUUUUCUUCCAGGUAAGGAACAAACUGCCAGCAGGCCUACAUGUGUAAGAGAGGUUUGUGCUUCAAGGGUAUGCUGAUUUGAGGAAUCUGUCUGUGCAUUGUGUCAGCCCUUCCCUGCACCUCAGGGGAAAAACGAUCGAAAUAGCUCUGAAAAGGUAAGUGCUUCUGUUACUUUACCUGUACAUAAAAGUGCUCAGAAGAAUUACAAAGCAGGAGGAUCUCCCAACCUUACUCAUGCUUCACAUAUUUCACUGAAAGGCGAGUCCAGUUUCCUAGCCCGUGGCUGGAACAUUUCCAUACCUCCAUGUCCUGAGCACCAGAAAGCCCAGCACCACCAUGUUCUGUUUAACUGAAGAGCUGCCUGCUUUUAUUUCUGCCUCUUUCGUGUGUGUUAUGCAGUAUUGAGAGAGCUCAUCAACAGCUCUUAAAGAAACAAUCCAUGGUCAGGAGGGCAUAGAAGUUCUAAAAGAGAAACUCACAAAGCACUAAACACUGCUCAUGGUAUUAUGUCCACCUGUGAUAGGGAGCAAAGAAAAAAAUCCUGCCAGUGGAAACAGCAGAAAUUCCUGCUGUAGUACUAUCGAUGACAAGCUUUGGCCCGAACAGCCAGAAACUGAAGAGGGUGUCUUCCAGCUUCACCGAGUUCGAGUGCUAGGCGAUAACAGCGACAGAGACUCACUGGAAAACAUGCUGCCACAGUGUUUGUAGCAUACACCAUAAUUUAAGGAUGAGCAAAACCCUUUCUAUGACCUGCAAACACUGAGCUGCAGUUGUUCCUCUGCAUCUAUACCGAUACUAUGUUCACAUUAUAUAAAGGAAAAACUUCAUCCUAAUCUAACCUAAUCUAGUUGAGAAAAAAAACUAUACACAAGGAAAGAGAGAUUAAUGAGGAAAGGGAGGGCAAAGGAGACUUAAAAAAGCACAAGAAAAAAAUGGAUCCAGCCCAAGACUUAUGCAGCAACAAUAACAGAAGAUCUAUUAAAGACAUUUUAAAGGCUAAACUGAAGAGGAAAAAAACCCACUAUGUAAAGAAAAGUAGUAAGCCCAGAAGAAAAUACUUACAAAAGGGCUUUACUCCUUAAACCAUCUAGAGUGCCACUUGGAAGUUCUUAUUAUAUUUUCAUUGCAGUGAAAGUGCUUCUUCCUCAAAAUGGUAUACAAGAAUACCAAAUAAUACUAAAUAAUUAAAAAUUAUUUUGAACUCCAGUUCCCCUGAGAUGUUCCUCCUAGCAGCCUCCUCUAAUUGUUCUUGGUGGACUGUGGGACAAUGGUGCCUCAAAAAUUUUAACUAUAUGAACAGCAUGAACAUUUUUCUAAGUAUAUAAUCACAACAUUUAUUAUUCCCCAUAAAGCAAAAUUUAUCCUCUGCUGCAUUUAGUUAACUUUAUUGAGGGAUUAGUAGUCAGUUCAGGAACUAUUCCCAUGUUUAUGUGAAAGAUUUGAGAGUUAUAAAUCAGUAUCGUAACUGCCAAUAUAGUUUUAUGUUAAAGCAGUCAGGCAGGAUAGUUAUUUCAGUCUAGGCAGCAGUUAUAAUCCACAUUAACCUUUUCCAACGCACUAUUUGUAAAAUAACAAAGGAAUACUGUAAGGCUAGAUAGAGCAGUGAAGGCUACAUAAAAAAUUAGACAUUUGCUGGGAUAGUCAGGCCCCAUUUCCUCAUUACAACCUAUUACAAAUACUAUUAAUUGGAGACUCCAGCCCUUAUUGCCUCUCAGCUGCACUGGGAGGCCAGUGUCACGGGCGCUGAGGAGGAUCUUUGCUGAUAAAAGUGACAUUGGCCAUAUCUCUGCAGCACCAGCCUUUUUAGAUCUUCAAGACAUAUUGCAAACAAUGCCUUUGUCCCCUUGGUUUCCUUUGUUUUACUGUUAAAAAAACCCAAACCACAAAACAAACAGAAGCUCUGUAUUUUGCAUGCACUUGUAACUGUCUGGAGACCUUUUUGAAGAAUGACAUAAGGGUGAGAAGAAGACUAUGUUUCCUGAGCCCGCCCAUACAUUUUCCACCUCACAAAGCAUCAGCCUGCCUUGAUACCUUAAUGGCUGCAGCCCCUCAUCUCUCUUUUUGCGGCUUCCUUCUCUCCUGGUUCUAUUAUGUCAGUGGACAAAACUGCUUUUUCCCUUUUGUACUGGCCAUACUCCCCUUUCCAGUUCUGCCUUAUUAGCUAUUUUGAGUUAUGAGGUCUCCAUGGCAGCAGUCCAUUCACCAAGCUAAUGAAAAAAAAACAAAGGGGUGGACAAGGAUUAAGCAAAGGGGAACUGGAGACUUGUACAGAGAUGUUCUCCCAUGUCCCGUGGCAGACCCUCACUGCCCGCCGCAGUGCCACAGCUGGAACAGCACGGGCACAGAAAUACGGGGAAGGCACGUUGCGAGCCCAGCCAAGGAUGCAGGCCCUUGGCCCAGCGAACUCCAUGUUCCCUCAUUCUGCAACCUCUGCCUCUGCAACAUGACCCUGUGCUCCUCGGCACCUGAGCCGCUUCCACGAAAAGCGAGAGGAAGCGCAGGAAGCCAUACCGUGCUCCCCUCACGGCCAGAAGGCAACACAAAACGCCGCUUCCCUCCACCCAACACGGCCCGCCCGCACCUCCAGCCCGCGGACGACACACCGGCCCCUGGGCCGCCCUGAGCGAAGAUUCGGGCCCUGGGCUGCAGCCCGGAGUGUAUGGGAGGGUGUCCAGGCCGUAGGCCGCAGCCCCCGGACCACUCUCAGGGGGAGAGGGGAAGAAGCCCCUGGGCCGCGGCCUCUGAACUGCCUCAACUGGGGUUCAGGCCUGACCCGCCCCCAGAGAGGACACCGGGGCCCGAGCCGCCAGGGCGGAGGGGCCGAGGUGGCAGCGGCCCCUCAUGAGAGACAGAACGAGGGGGG